UUCAACUCAUACAUACAUCUAUCUUCCUUCUUUAACCCUAGAAAACAGAUUCCCAUUUUCAAAACGCUCUUUUUCAAUCUUGUACUAUCAAUAUUCAUACUUAUUCUCUGAAUGGCUUCCAACUCCAUGAGUUCUAACGCGUCUUGGACACGUAAGGAGAACAAACUAUUUGAAAGGGCUUUGGCUAUAUAUGACCAGGACACUCCUGACCGCUGGCAUAACGUUGCUAGAGCAGUUGGUGGGAAAUCAGCUGAAGAAGUAAGGCGACACUACGAGCUACUCAUUAGGGAUGUCAAUGACAUCGAGUCAGGGCGUUAUCCACAGCCUACUUACCGUUCGAAUGGAAACUGAAAGCAUUUACGCUACUCAAAAAGGUUCCUCUGAAACCAACAUGGUUUCAAACCAGAAACAAACAGAGAGCAUCUAAACAAAUUAAGAGAUAUCAAUGUAUUUACUUCUAUUUGUGUGAUUGUGUUAUAUAUACGACUAUGUAAGAAUCAUCUAUAAAUCAAUCAAUGUGAGUUUCAUA